AGUGACAAAAAAGUUCGAAACGAAACGAAACACGCUCGUAUUGCGGGCCCACAACCUACGUCUUCAUUUUUGAAUGAUAUUCGAUUUUUUAGAAUAGCUUCGCGAUAGCUGUUCGUCCGAACGGAAUCCUACAAAGUUACAAUGUCUGAUGAAUUCAAUAAUCGGCAUCGGGCCAUUUUCGUGAAAUUGUUACAUACUGCACAAAGUAAAACAUCUGCAAAUUCGUUGAUUGCCGAGCUUCAACGGCAGAAGGAAAAAUUUCCUAAGAAAUCAUUGCAUAUAAUUUUAUUGGACAUUUCGAAAACGGACAAAUUGGCGGAACAAAUUUACAAAGAACUUCAAAAAGAUUUUAAAACCACGGAGAUUAGUGCGAUAGAAUGUUUACAGCGAUUUUUGUCAGCGUACGAAAAAUCAAAAUUCACUCGAAAAGUUAGCAGUCGCCAGAACAUUGAAACUAUUACGGAAGAUGAAGAGGUUUCGAUACUGCAGAAGACUCAACAUCAAGCAACUGAAAGCAUGGAAUUGGCAACCAAUACCAAUGGAAAUGAAGUUAAAACAAACGAUAUCAAAGAUGUUCGAAAUAAAGGGGUAAAAACAUCAACAGAUUGUCUCAAUAAAUCAGCGUACACAUCGGCUCUAUAUGAAUCCAUUCAGAACAACAACACCACACGAUCAGUUAGCGAUGUGCGUAUACAUUCACAGUUGUUUUUUAGCAAGUCUAUCAUCGAUUCGUUACCCUCGCAAAUUAUUCAACCCAAUUGCUCCGCCCGUUCCAUCACUGAACAAGAACAGAUAUUAAUAGAGGAACUAAUGUAUUCAUUCGUUGGAAUACCGGGUGAUUUCAUCACACCCCAAAUUAAUGAUGACAAUGGAAACGAAACUUCAUUCAGAAUCUCUGAUCAAAUUGAUGUGUCAUUACGCAAUAUUGCUCAAGAUCUAUUGCCAAUGGCAAGCCAAUAUUCAGAAAUCCAGAAAUUUGUCCAGUGGGGAGACAAAGUUAAAAAUCAAAUUCUACAUGCAUUGAGUGAAGUCAUACAAAUUUUUCUCAACGAUUAUCGCUUGUCCAUUACACAACUUGAAAAAGAAAAGUUGAAUAAUAACGAUUUAACUCUUCACAAAUUGCACUAUCUUAUUCGUCCAAAUGCGCAAAAACUGCAUAUACUGUCUGAGCUGCUUGGAAAGAUAAACAAAUCGGAUAUGAAGAGCGGAAUGAUUCUGUCGAUAUUGUAUGACGAAAUUACAAUGCAAACUGGAGAUCAAAUUUCACAGAAAAUGCUGGUCGAACUCACUGAACGGGCAUCGGUUCCAUACAUUGAAAUGCUCGAACGAUGGAUUCUCAAAGGUGUCAUUAUCGAUCCGUACAGUCAAUUCUUCGUUGUUGACCAUGUCAAAGAGUUAAGUAGCCGUAAUUCGCAAAUGGAUACGGCUCGAUAUUGGGAGAGUCGGUAUACAAUUCAACUCGAUCGCAUUCCUCGUUUUCUUGAAAACGAUGCCGAUAUCAUUUUGCGAACAGGCAAAUACUUGAAUGUAAUUCGUCAAUGUGGCCGAGAAAUCAUAUUGCCGGUCAAUACAUCGAAUCUCCACUUUGCGGCAACCAAUUGUAGUCAUUCGAUAUUCAUUAAACAAGCCUAUCAUAAUGCAUCCAAAACAUUGCUCGACCUAUUAAUGAAAGAACUUAAUUUAAUGGGACAUAUCUCUUCAGUGAAGCGUUAUUUUCUGUUGCAACAAGGCGACCUAAUCACACAGUUCAUGGAUGCCAGCGAAAAAGAGCUAAGCAAAACGGUGGAUAAAGUUUUUCCGCUCUGCCUAAACAACUUGCUUCAAUUGAUUGUUCGGUUGUCAUCGGCCAAAAAUGAUCCAUGCAUCGAACAUUUAUUUUGCGAUCUGUUCACAAUGGAUUUAAUGGAGCAAAUGUCCAAAAUGAAUGAGGCUGGCAACCAACACAAUGUUGACAUUGAUUUAAAGGACAGUGAAAAUUUAAGCUUGAGUGGUUUAGAGUGUUUUGCAUUUGGAUAUAGCGUCGACUGGCCCGUUUCGAUCGUGCUGAACCAAUGGGCAUUGUCACAAUAUCAGAUGUUAUUCCGUUUACUGUUCUAUUGUAAACACGUUGAACGCCAGCUCUACAAGGUGUGGAUCGAAAUUUGUGCUGUUACCAAACGUGUGCCGAAGGAACAGAAGAUGCAAUGGCGCACCGCAUUUGCAUUAAGACAACGGAUGCUGAAUGCCAUUCAUCACCUUGAAAACUACAUGAUGAUUGAGGUCAUUGAACCAAAUUGGCAUACUCUUAUCGAAAGAAUGAAGAAUGUUAAUAGUGUGGACGAAGUUUUGAAUAUUCAUUCAGAAUUUCUUCACAGUUGUGUACAAAAUUGUUGCCUUAAUCAUCCAAAUAUCCUGCGAGGUGUGAUCAACAUGUGCGGCGUUUGUCUCAACUUUGCAAAAUUCAUACAAAGUGAUGCCGGUAUCAAAGUUUCGCCCAAAUGGCAGAUAAUCAUCAAUGGCCAUGGCAAGGAAUUUGACAAGUUUUUGUUUCAACUUCUGAACGGAAUUAAUGGGAUGACAUGCGAAGAAAUGGCUGGUGCAAAGCUCAUCAAUUUAGUACACCGUAUUAAUUUCAAUGGCUUUUAUUCUGAGAGCUUCGAACAAAAUGGUGGUAAAAACAGUGCCUUAAAAAGUGAUUGAUUUUAUGAGAAAUUAAUAUUGAUUUUGUUUAAAACACAUAUUUUUCUUUCCAUUCCAUUGUAAUUUUAAUCAUUUUAAUUUCAAUAUUUCAAAAAAAAAAUUUCAAUACAUAUUUCCUUUUUUAAAAAAACAUUCAAAUUAAA